UUUUGACUUUUUUACAUCGAUAAAAAGAACGUCAUAAUUACAAGGUUAAAAAUUGCAAUUUCUUUAUUCUGUGGCGGAAAUGGGCGUUCACACUUAUAACAUGCAUGCAUUUGAAAAAUCUUACAUUGUAUUUAUAGAUGUAAAUGGUCAAACGAAAUUUCCCGUUCAACGAUAUGGUGUCAGGGGCAUUUGUAGGAGAGAUUACCCUCAACAGCUGCACCAUAAAUCCUGCCUUUGUGUUGGACUUAAUCGAAAGUCUCUGGGCACAUGCUGCCAAGGCCACUGUGGUAUCAAACAAUAAACCUAACACUAUCUGACACUUGACACUGGAUACAUGGGUCCUGGGCUGGCUACAGUUGAGAUGGCUGAAAUGCCUGUGUGCUCACCCUUCUGCUUCCAUAUAGUAAGUCUAGCAGUAGCUUAAUCGCACACUGGAGAUCUUGCACCUAUGGAAGAAAUAUAUCAAAACAUGGGAAGAAGUUGGUGGUCUUUAUAAAGCAGCAUGUUAGAACAUCAGUCCGUUGUGAAAGGAAUAAGCGCCCUCCCCCCAGAAGAUCGACUCCUGAAGUUCUUGGUGGACAGUUCAGCCGACAGUGAGGAAACCGUGCAGUGUGCGAACUGUGAUUUGGAGUGCAAGAAACAGGAUGUGGAUGCAAUGUAUUAUUGCAACACUUGUUGCCAGCCACUGUGUCGAGACUGCAGGGAAACCACCCACCAAGCCAAGAUGUUUUCCUGCCACGAGAUUGUCUCCUUGGCAAAGCGCACCAAAGAAGCCCACAAAAAAUGCGCCCUCCACGAGGAACUCUACAUCAUGUUUUCUACAGAGAAAAAGUCCAUGCUCUGCAUCAACUGCUUCAGAGACAUGCAAGUGGAGAGCAGAGCACACUGCAUUGAUAUUGAGACAGCAUAUAUACAAGGCUGUGAAAAAUUGGACCAAGCCGUCUUAGCUGUUAAGGAGCUUCAGACAUCAGCUCGAGAAGCCAUUAUUCUGCUCAAAGCCAUGAUUGGAGAGGUCAGGGCCAACGUGGAUGAAGAAGAGAGCGCCAUCUGCACUCUGUUCAAUAACAUGCAGGAAAGACUAGCAGAAAGAAAAAAGAUUCUGCUCAAGGCAGCACGAAGUCAGCAUGAGGAGAAGGACAGAGCCUUCAAAGAGCAGCUAUCUCAUCUUGCAGCACUCCUGCCAACUCUCCAAGUUCAUCUUGUUACAUGCUCUGCCUUCCUAAGCUCAGCAAAUAAGUUCGAGUUCUUAGAUAUGGGAUAUCAAUUAAUGGAGAGACUGAAGAAGAUCGUGAAGCUACCACACAGGCUGAGACCAGCACAGAGCAGUAAGAUCAACACAGAGUAUCGCUCUGAGUUCGCUCGCUGCCUGGAGCCGCUCUUGCUGUUGGGGCAGCGGCGGUCAGUGUCCACUACAGGGAGUGCGGCUUUAGGUCUCGUAAACGCCAGCGGACUGAUGCAAUCCUCUCUGUCAGUGCAGUGCCACUCUCCAGUGACGAGUGACAUGUCACUGUGCUCUUCGGUGGUGCGCAGGCCGACCUCACACCGUUACAUCAGCACCAAGGUCCUGCUGGCGGAGGGCGGAGAGACGCCCUUUAUGGAGCACUGCUGCAACUACGAAAACAGCUACAGGACUUUACAGACAGAAAUCCAGAAGCUCAAAGAGCAGGUGCAGGAGAUUCACAGAGACCUGACCAAGCACCACUCUCUCACCAAACCUGACACCAUGAACGAGAUUUUGGAGAGGUCUGUUCAGGUGGACAGACAGAUCUCAGCAGAAUACUCCUCAGUCGAGCUCAUGCGGGCCAUGUUCGAGGAGAUUUGGGAGGAGACGUUACAGAGGGUGGCAAAUGAACAGGAGAUAUAUGAAGCACAACUUCAUGACCUGCUUCAGUUAAGACAGGAGAACUCCUAUUUAACAACUAUUUCCAGACAAAUAGGCCCCUACAUUCGCUCUAUAGCAAAAGUGAAAGAGCGUCUGGAACCCAGGCUGAAGGAGCCUAAAGAGCUCAAGGAUGAUCGCACAGAGAUCAUGCUGAAGCUGUAUGAGGACAGCACUUCUGCUGCGGACACGCAGCCCAGUAAUGAGCUGUCCUGCAACACCGAGGACAACUGGACUCUAAACAGCCUAUCAGAAGAGACCAAUCCCAAGAAUAAAGAUUACUACAGGCCGAACAAGCAGAAGAACGCCACUGAUACAGCCAAUCGCAAAGAGAUACCAAUCUGAAACUGUUGUGUUGACCUGUCGAUUUAAACACGUUACUCCCCAAAAAUUAAGCGCGCAUUUACAUAAUUCAAAAUUAUGGAAGCUUGAAAAACUACUAGUUUACAGUGCUUGUACUUUAGAGAAUCACAGUAAUGUCCAAUAAACAUUAUACUCAGUUUUUAUUUUAAA